AGUUGUAUUAAGUAGUUGUGGGAUUCUCAAAAAGAUAUUAAAAAUGACUUCCAGUAUGGGCAUAACGAUGACGCUAGCCAACAGUAUUAUUGGCGUUAGUGUCCUAGCAAUGCCUUUCUGUUUCAAACAGUGCGGAAUAAUAUUGUCAAUAGUUAUGCUUCUGCUAAGUAGUAUGCUGUCACGUUACGCUUGUCACUACCUCCUUAAAGCAGCAAUAAUGGCCAGGAGGAGGAACUUCGAAUUUUUAGCCUUCCACGCAUAUGGACCCACAGGAAAAUUUUUGGUUGAGCUCUGCAUUAUAGGUUUUCUGAUGGGCACAUGUAUUGCUUUCUUUGUGGUGGUUGGUGACUUGGGACCUGCAAUUGUUGCAAAGACACUAGGAGUUGAUGACUCAUCCAGACUGAGGUCCUCUGUUCUUGUUGGUCUGGCUCUCUUUGUGGUGCUGCCUCUUGGACUGCUAAGAAACGUUGAUAGUCUUUCAGCUAUUUCCAUGGCAACAAUUGGGUUUUAUGUAUGUUUGGUUUUGAAGGUUGUUGUUGAAGCACUGCCUCACUUGUUGGCUGGAGACUGGAUGGAGAAAGUCCAUCUCUGGCGGCCAUCUGGGAUCAUGCAGUGCAUUCCUAUAUUCUCCAUGGCACUGUCCUGCCAAACGCAACUAUUUGAAAUUUAUGAAUCUCUUUAUAAUGCUUCACUGGACCGCAUGAAUGAUGUUAUAAAGGCUGCCAUCAAUAUGUGCACCGGAGUCUACAUUUGUGUUGGCUUCUUUGGAUAUGUUGCAUUUUGUACCCAGAAUUUUACAGGUAACAUACUUAUGAGUUUUGCACCUACGACUUCAAGUGAGAUUUUCAAAUUGGGAUUUGUCCUGUCAGUGGCUGUAAGCUUCCCACUUGUCAUCUUUCCUUGCCGUGCCAGCCUCUACUCUUUACUGUUUCGCAGGGGUGCUAGCAGUCAUAUUCCAGAAAAUCGAUUCAAAUGGAUCACAAUUUUUCUAGUCGGUGCGUCACUUGGUGUUGGACUUCUUAUCCCUAACAUAGAACUUGUGUUGGGACUUGUUGGAUCAACAAUAGGUGUUCUCAUCUGCGUGAUCUUUCCUGCUGCUGCCUUCAUCAGAGUUUCACCAAAGGCUUCCAGUGAAAGACUUGCAGCACAGGCAGUACUGUUUACAGGGGUGCUUAUUCUCUUCCUUGGUACCUAUGCUACAUUGUAUUCAGCAUCAGAGGCAGCUUCGACCAAGUUGGAUGUGCCACUGGAGUCAGGGAAACUUCUUCACGAAGGACAAUCUGGAGUUAUCAAAAAUAAGCUUCUUGACAAAAAUAUUGCAGGUGAGGUGGCAGACACACUGGCAAAGGCACAGGCUGCUGUGGAUCCGGCUGCUGCUGUCAACAAUAAGAAACCUCCCGAGGAGCUGGUGGUUCCAGAUGCGAAGCAGCCGGCUGUCGAGGCGGGACCUCCGGCAGCUGAAGUGCGCCGGGAGCCGCCAGUGCCCGGAGCCCGCCAGGAGCCUCCGGUGCCCGUCGAGCCACCUGCUGCACCAGCAGAGGUGCCGGUUGCCGCACCUCUGAAGGCAGUGACAGCUGGAGCGCCAAAAGAGGAAGCCGCGCCAGUGGCAGCUGUCCACAUGGAUGUGGCACCAGCAGCAGCAGUUGAGGAACCGCCAAAGGCAGAAGCAGUAGCGGUAGCUGGAGACCCAGGAGAGGGGCAGGUGCAGGCAGAAGCUGCAGUCAAGGUGCAGGAUAAACAUGAGGAAAGUCCACAACGGCAGCGAGUGGCAGAGGACGCCAUCCGCAAGGAGGACAGUGAGCUGGCGGAGGCGCAGAGGCAGGCUGACUCGGAGAAGGAGCGGAAGGAGGCGGAGCUGCUGGAGACAUUGGCUCGCCACAAGCAGGAACAAGAGCAGCUGCUGCGUGAGCAGAAGCACAUCCUGCACGAGAUGAAGCAGCAGCAUGAGAAGCUGCAAGCCGCGGGUGAAGGUAACUCUCCAAAAGAUCAAACUAAGAAUAUUACUGAAAAACUAAGUAAAAAGAGUAAGCCAUCCGCAGAUGAAACAAUUAAGGAAUCUAAUGCUCAGUCAAAUAUGGUGAAACCUGUAGAUGUUGGUAUGAAACGUACUUUGCAUGAAGUAGAAUUAAACAAUAAAGCUGCACAAUCCAUAGCAAACUCACUGCCAGCAGAAUCAGUGAAAAGCCCAAAUCAGCAGGCUCUCUAUGUUGUUAAGGCCUCGCAAGCCAGUGCUAUAAAUGCACCAAAACAGGUAGCAGCAGAAAGUGGAAUUGCACAGGCAGGAGCUGUCAAUCAAAACACAGCAAAUCAAAAAAGUCUAGAGACUAAAUCGAAAGUAGUUGUGGCAAAGGCACAGGGUGAAGGACAGAAACAGGGAAGCGCUGGAGCAGCAAAACGUAACGAGGAGAAGUCACCCCAGAUUCCAAGCGCGCAUCCAGGGGGAGUGCAGGUGCCGUCUUUGGCAGACAUUGUGUACAGCAGGAAGGCGGUGCGACCUGUGCCUGCCGAUAGCGUCGUCCAGAAGAAUGCAGCAGAAGUUUCAUCAGGCACUGUACUUUUGGAUCGCUUGAAGGGCAAUGUUAAAUCAGGCAAAAAGGACAGUACAGGAAAACAGACACAAGAAGAAGCUGGCUCACCACAAGAACAAGUAGCAGAGGCACACGCUAGGGAGAAACGGGAGACGGAGGCAGCCGCUGAAGAAGGGAACUGCGACAUUGCAGAGAAAGCAGCCAGCUUUCAUCUUCAACAGUCAGGCGGCACAGUGUUGGCAGAAGCCAGUGUAAAGCAACCAGAAAACAAUGGAUCUUCAAUGUAUCUGCCUCACAUCGCUCCCAACAAAAGGGACAAUUCUUCCACAUUACUUAGUGCGACAGAAAACAGUGCAAAGCCUGUAGUGGUGGAGGAUAUCUCUGUUCCGAAAGAUCCGUCCAGAGAAUCUGUUGUAAAAGAUAACAAGAUUUUGAGUAUAAAGUCACCAGAAAUGGAAGAGGAAGUAGUAAGGAAGGUAGCAGAUAACUCUAGUAAUCUUGUAUUGUCAAGUGAUAUGGUAACAAGAGAUUUUAAUCUGAGAUCUGUCUCAGAGUUGGGAAUCAGUAGUGUAACUGGGGCUCCCCAACACGUGAGGAGCUACACAGAUGUUGCGGUAGAUGCAGAGAAGGCCACAGGUGCUCCUUUUGAGAUAAAGGCCCCACAGCACCUGUCACCUCCCGAUGUCAGUCUUCCUCCGUCAAUUGUCGACUCGGAUGACCGUCUAUCAGCUGCCGGUGUUAAGCCACUGUCCCGCGAUCUGAAGUCUGCUAAAGAUGAUGAGGCAGAAGACAACACAUAAAGGACAAUGUUUGCUUGUGUGUUCGCGAGUUCGGAGGAAAAAGCAAAAUUUGUGUAUGUAAAUGUGGCACUGCAACUUCCCUGUGUUGAUUAAAUUGGCCACGUGAUUUCAUGACCGAGAAUACGUUGAUGCGAUUUUCAGACUACUCUAUCCUGUCGAAAAAUUGUCCAAAUAAUGACAUAUCGCACCUGUCGUGUGUGGCCUGUAGGUCCAUAAAGACUUUUGUCAUUCCAAGCAAUGGUGUAUGCAAUUAUUGUUGCAGUUACUGUAUAGCAGGUAUUUAUGAUGGUGUAAUUAGUUGUAUCCCCCUCCCCCCAAAUGUGUAAAUGUGGGCACUUAUUUCAGUAUCUCUGUUGAUAAAAGAAAAUCUAGUCAAUUACCCUAGCCUGCUGCAAUGUACUCAUUUUGUAUAAGAGGAUCUCCAUUGAGUAUUGAAACACCUGUGGCUGAAACCCAUUAUGUACUUAGGUAUUGUGAUGUAAUGCACAAUUAAAACUGGCCUUUGACCAUUUGCCAAGACCGAAACAUUUCAGCUGUGAAAACAUAUGUGCAACCUUGUGACAGUUUAUGGGCUUAGUAUAAUUAGUUAUUGGUUUU